AAUGAAAUGAAAAGUUUGGCGGAUGCACACAAUAUGUCGUGCCAAAUGUUGAGCAUUCAACCUGAAUGCAAAUUGUGGCCAUCAUUACAGGUUCUGUUUAUUCUUGAACUGCAGUGUAAAAACAGAUGGGCUGCAUGAGUGACUCGGUGUCUCCCAGGAGGGUGGAGCCAUUCUGCAAAAGUCUGCAGGUUUCCCCCCAUUUUGUGUUGUUGCUGCGUCAAAUGAUGAGCCGCAGCACCCUGACUAUAAAAGCACCUGUCCGGGCCAGACAUCACUCGCAUCUCACUUUCUGUCCUUCCCGCGCACUCACCAUCACACACUCCUGAGCUCCACACACACGCACACACAGUUGCGCUCUCUCUCUCUUCUCUUCCCUAAGGUAAAGGAAACAUGAGUUACUCCAGCGACAUUUACAGCAGCAGCUCCUAUCGUAGGAUCUUUGGAGAUGCUCCCCGGUCAGGUCGAGUGGGUCUGGGCGGCAGCAGCAGCCCGUCCCGCCUGCACUCCGCAGGAUACCGCAGCAGCCACCGCAGUUAUGGCUCCCCUUCUGUGGUCUCCUCCACCACCUACCGCAGGACAGCGGCACCCGGCCGCGUCUUCUCCUCCAUCCCGGACGCCAUGGAUCUGACCCAGUCCACCGCCGUCACCAACGAGCUCAAGAUCAUCCGCACCAACGAGAAGGAGCAGCUGCAGGGCCUCAACGACCGAUUCGUAUCCUUUAUCGAGAAGGUCCACAACCUGGAGCAGCACAACAAAGUCCUGGAGGCCGAGGUCACGCUGCUGCGCCAGCGUAACAACGAGCCAUCGCGCCUGCACGAGCUGUAUGAACAGGAGAUCCGCGAGCUGCGGGCGCGCGUGGAGGAGCUGACGCACGAGAAGAGCCAGAUGCACCUGGACUGCGUGCAGAUGAACGAGACGCUGGAGCGGGUGAGGGAGAAGCUGGAGGAGGAGAGCAGGCUGCGGGAGGAGGCGGAGAGCGCCCUGAAGGGCUACCGGAAGGACGUGGACGACGCCACCCUGGCGCGCCUGGAGCUGGAGAAGAAAGUAGAGUCUCUGCUGGAUGAGAUUGCCUUCCUGAGGAAAGUUCAUGAAGAGGAGCUGCAGGAGCUGCAGGCGUCCCUGCAGGCAACGCAGGUGUCAGUGGAGAUGGACAUGAGUAAACCGGAUCUGACUGCGGCCUUGAAGGACAUCCGGGCUCAGUAUGAGAACCUGUCAGCCAGGAACCAGGUUCAGGCCGAGGAGUGGUACCGCUCCAAGUUUGUCACUGUGACAGAGGCUGCUGCGCGCAACCAGGAUGCCAUCAAGCAUUCAAAGGAGGAGCUGAGCGAGUACCGUAGGCAGGUGCAAGCCCGCACCCUGGAGAUUGAGUCCCUGAGGGGGCACAAUGAAGCUCUGGAGAGGCAGAUUGCUGAGAUGGAGGACCGCCACAACCAUGAGAUUGGAGAGAUGCAAGACACUAUUCAGGAGCUGGAGGCUGCCCUGCGAAGCACCAAGGGAGAGAUGUCUCGUCACCUGCGUGAAUACCAGGACCUGCUGAAUGUCAAGAUGGCCCUGGACAUUGAGAUUGCUGCUUACAGGAAGCUGCUGGAAGGGGAGGAGUGCCGCCUCAGCUCAGUGGGCAGCGCCAUGGUCCAGUCUGGCUACCCUGGCUUGUCCUACACAACGGCCCGCACCUACGCGCUAGGAGCUUACAGGAAGCCCAAGCCAGACGAGGAGGAAGAGGAGGCAGGCGAAGAAGAGGAGAAGGAGGAAGAAGAAGAGGAAGGAGAGGAGGAAGAGGGUGAGGAGGCAGAAGGAGAAGAGGGAGAGGAUCAGGGGGAAGGUGAGGGAGAAGGAGAGGAGGAGGAGGAAGAAGGAGAAGAAGAAGAGGAGAAGCCAAAGGAAAAGGAGGAGAAGGGGAAGGAGAAGGAGAGCUCCACCGGAAAGAACAGCAAGAGCUAAACUGCUUGUGUCAUCAACAUCAAUAACUCAUCUUACAUCCCACCGACCACCUCUGGGUCUGCUUCCUGUUCAUGUUAUCUCCAUGUUUCCCACUCAGUCACACACAUCCUCUCACAUUCACACGUCUCUGGAUCUGCUCUGCAGAUCAGAUGGGAUCACUUUAGACAUGGUCAGAUGGAGAAGUAGCUUUAGCAAGGAAUAAAUGGUAACUACAGUAGCAGAACAGUUCAAAUAUUUAUUCUGUCCACUGAUGUUCUGUUUUCACAACUCUGAGGUGCAGAGGGCCAGCAUGAUGGCCACAAAAGGGAAAAGAGAUCCAAACGUGAAUGUUUCCUCCUGCAACAUGUGCCAUUGAUGAUCCAUGUCCACAAUGAAAAGAGCAACCCCAACUAAGAGGUUACAACGUAGUCAGCACACAGUCUUUGAAGAUAAAUGCAUAGAUCCUGAAGCAUGAGAAACAGCCAGUCCAACUUUAAUGGUGCUAUUUGAUUUUUACAUAUACAAGUUGGGGGAGUCCGUUAUGUGAAGGACUUUAUCAUAGAACACAGCCCCACCAGCUUAUUCCUAAAUGUGAAUGUCUGCUUUAAAGCAGAAAUAUCAGCAGGAAAAAAUGCUUUCAUGUUGGUAGGAUUUGCCAAACUCACAUUUCGAAUGCUCCAACUCAUUUCAGUCCACUUAGUUCUGCUUUCACCCUGCCUUUAUUUGCUGCAGCAUUGCAACCCUGAGCUUGGAGAAAGCUUUCUGUGGAAGGGUCUGAGAGGGAGUGUGGUGCUGAAUUAAAUAGUAGAGCUUUAACUGCUGCUGUGUGUUUUUUUUGGGGGGGGGACUAUAACCAAUCCCUACCUUUGAUUGAUUCAUUUGUCAAAGACUUUCUUUCACAUGUUAUUAAAAAACACAUUUUUUGUUUCCUCUCAUGUAAACACAGUAGCCCCUUUGUUUCAUUAAGCUCGACCUAGGAAAAGAGUUGGUGUAUGUGAGAGUCUGUCAGCUGAUAAAUGUUGGGUUUUAUGGUGUAGAGUCAUAAAUAAGGGCUAUGUUCACCAUGACUUCCUUUCACUUUGCCCUGAAAUCUUUUCAUUGCUACUGUUCUUUAUUUCUCUCCCUUGGUUUUGUUUUUGUUUUGACAAAUAAAUCAAGCAACAGGUCUGAAUGCAUGGCCUGACAACUGGAGACUGAAUAUUAGCUGGAUGAGAAAGAUUUCUGCUUGUUGUGUGUUCAGUUAAAAAAAUAAAAUUAAAUAAAAAAAACUUGCCUUAACCAUAAAGGAAAGUAAAAUAAAACAUGUUUUCACCUGAAUCUGACUUAUUCCUGGUAAGACAGAAGAGUGCUGACACCUUCCAGAUUCUGCUAUACAACUGUGAUUGUACAUGCUGCUGUUUCCUCUCAAAGCCAAAUAAAGACAUUUAAUAAACAAAA